UUAACUGGUUGGUACAAAGAUUCUUGAAUAAUUAAUUAAUCUUCCAAGUUGAAAGGGCAUAUUAGUCUUGUAAUCAUUUAUUUCCAUGUGUCAGUGAGUAGUUGUCUUGAUCUUGUGUCUGCUUCAAACAAAAGGUUGGUUGUUGGGCUGGAUUUUUCUUAUACCUUUAUGACAAAAUCCAAAAAUGGUCUUUACAUCACUGAUCACACGAUUGUCAGUUGGCUGAUUUUGGUGCUCUAAGCUAAGAUCCAACGACUCAUUUGUUCUCAAAUGGGCCUAAAUCAGAGUUUGGUGAUCCUAGUAAUCUGCGGGGCCAAAGUAAUGCGUUUGAUUUCUGAAGAAUAUGCCAAGGCGGAGAAAGCAGUCAUUAAACCAACCUUUUUGAACCUUAGUAUGAAUCCUGAAGUUUGUUCCAGAACAUAUAUCAAACUGAUAUUCCCGAGCGGAUCAUGAACAUAGGCGGAUCCUGAAUUUAAACUAAAUGAGUUCAAUCUUUUACUUCUUUAGCUACUAAUUCUUGCAAAUUUAGUGAUACAUCAGUUCUAACAGUCCACCUCGAAAGUACUGAUUUCAGCUGAACUAGAUGAUAUAAGGUAGCAUGCGCCUCAGAUUGCUAUUUACAUUACAACUAUGUUUCAUCUGCUAUCACAAACAGUAGGAGAUGCACAAAUAGUCUGCCUUCACUACCUUAAAAUAUUGGAUUUGUUUCUCGUGGGAACAUGUAAGUAUUCUUUCUUAAAAAUCCUGAAUACGCCUAUGGAAAAUUAGUCAGAAUCCUUGUUAAACUUCUUUAGAAGCUAAAGCUCUCGUCUCGUUUGGUUGUCAAGUUGACUUGUGUAAUUUCUCUAUUUCUCGACUCUUUUUCAUCAAUCGGUUAUAAAUUAGAGUUGACUCUUUCGAUGUGAGUUUUGCAAAGUUUAACCGGUUUCAAGUCCAAUUAAAAGAAAGAAGUUACAUAAGUACGAUCACUUGAAAUGUAACAGUGGGAGUAUGAUAAGUAAGACUAAUUUGCAAUUGCAAUACACAACACUAUUACCAUUAAUUCUAACUAAUUUAAUUGAUAGAUCGUUAAUCGAACUUAAUUUAUAAACGUGUAAGUAGCCAACCAACUGAACUAAUUAUCAGAGUUACGAUCUCAUUUGUUACUUUAUUAAUGAGCCAAUUCAAGUAAAAAAGGCACUCUAGCUUCUCAGACUUCAUAAUUUUCUUAUUCUUUUUGCCCUUUAUUUGUUUGAUUUUACACAAAUGAUUCACGUGACAAAUCUUUAAUUGCAUAUAAGGCUUUCUCCUCAAGAAUUCAAGAUUUUCAAGAACUCUGUUUCUGCACACUCUCCAAUUGGUUAGUUUCUGAGUAUAUAUAAACCCAAAAAACGAACUCCUAACAAACCCAUCUUCUCCAUUUAGUUAGAGUUUGACUCAGUUUCAUGCUUUGAAGGGAAAAUGGAGAGUCAGACUCAAAAAGGGUUUUCUUUUAGUCCCAUAUAUAGUGAGUAUCUGAAUACACAAUUCCCAUUACCGAUUUCUUGAUUUUGCAAAACUUUUGAGCUUUCGUUUUCGUGCGCUAUUAUUCUUUCAGCAUUUCCUAUUGAUUUUCCUCUUCAAGUAAGAUUCUUUUUGCGAACCCCAAAUGGAAGAAACACAAGGACACAGGUUUAUAUGCAAGUUUUGUGACAAGAGUUGUGAUAGUGGAAAGUCAUUGGGAGGUCACAUGAGGGGUCAUUCAGCAUUGAUUUCAGCUGCAAAGAAUCAGAAAGAAGAAGCUGAUAGCAAAAUGGGUUCUCAAGAAGAAGAAGAAGAAGCUGCAAAUACCCAUGAAGAUUUGAGCAUUUCAGAGCAAUCUGAUGGAAGCAUGAAUCAAGAAAAGGACAGUAAUAUCAGCAUUGGUGAUGAUGGUAACUCAGCUGGUUACGGUUUAAGAGAGAAUCCAAGAAAAUCUUGGAGGGUUUCUGAUUUAAAGAUUUGUUCUUUGGAAACGACAAAUAUCUGUAAAGAAUGUGGUAAAGAAUUCCCCUCCAUGAAAGCUCUGGCAGGUCAUUUGCGGACUCAUUCGAAGAAAGGGAUGGAAAAAGGUCAUAUUUGCGAGAAAUGUGGAAAAGGGUUUGCUUCAAUGAGGGCCCUUUUUGGUCACAUGAAGGUUCACUCGAAAAGAUUAAGGGUUGAUAAUCAAGAUUCUGAAUCAAAACAGAGUUUGUCUGAUUUCGAUACUGUUUACCCUAUUCGGAAGAAGAGAUCAAAGAUAAAAUAUAAGAUGGAUGCAAGUUCUUCUUUUUCCGGUUUGAAUGAAUCCUCUUCUGCAAUUAGUGAAGUUGAUGAAAUGGAAGAAGCUGCUAGGUGUUUGAUGAUGCUGUCAUCGGGUGUUACGGACUGGGAUGAAUACAUUUCGAUUUCAGAGAAUUCUAAAAAUGAAAAUGUCAUUCUUGAAAGUGAAUCAUUUCACUGUGCUAAGGAGAUUUCUGCUGAUGCUUUUACUGUAAAACAUUUGUCUCAUACUGUCUUUUCUGAUUCUGGUUGUGUUGAUGGUUACGAAAAGAACUACGAAAUCGCUGAGUUUUCAGACAGGUUGAUGUUGAUCAACACUGAGAUCACAAAGGUGUGCUACUCUACUGAAAUGCAAUUUGAGAAUGAUCCAAGCUCAUCGGUUGUAAUGCAGGAUCUUGCUUUUCUGAAUUCUUGUUCAGUCAAGAAUGCAGGGCUGAAUAUGGUCAAUUCUCAAAUUGGAGUAAUCAGGACAAGUCCUGAUCCUAUCAAAAGCAAGGUUCACAAGUGCCCAAUUUGCUCCAAAGUUUUCCCAUCAGGCCAAUCUUUGGGAGGCCACAAGAGGGCUCAUUACACUGGAUUCACUGAAAGCAAAACUAAAGAGACUAUGGUGAAAAAUUUGGAUGAUGUUGCUGAUAAUCAUAAAUCUUUUGAUCUGAAUAAUCCUGUUAUUGCUAUGGAUGGAGGGGAAAAAGAUGUUGAGCUCAAGCUUUGGUGGGUUGGAAGUGGUGACGCGUUGAUGAUGUCGAGCUGAGAUAAUUCAUUCUCAGUUUCUGCUCUAGAGGUUUAAGAAACAGAUAAUUCAUGAUUCUUUUUCAUGCUUGAGUUUCAUCAUUGUAAAGAUAAUUUUCAGUCUUGGAAUAGUUAAACAGUUUGCUGCCUAAACCAUAAUGAGAAUGAGGCAUACAAAUUACAACAUUACUGGUUACUUUUUGUUCAUUGUAUUCUUGCAUUGGUAGUACAUAUUUUCCCAGCCCACAAUACACCUAUGCAUGUCUUAAUCCCAAGAGUUGGAUUUAAUCUGUUGAGUUGGUAAGAAACAUGUUGAGAUGAUAUGUUCCUGGAUUAUAUAACAUGAUUAAUGAAAAAGUAGCAUCUGGCCUUUGGUGAUUGUUUAAUGACAUAAGGUAUCAACAAGUUACAAC